AGCUGCGCCAAUCAGAACGCUCCUUCUGGAGGUCUGAAUCACGUGACCAUCCAACAUGGCUUCUAUUCACUUGCUGAGAAAAUGAAGAUGCUGAACAUUUCUGAAUUGAUUAGUUUAUAGGAAUUAUUUUGGACCUUUCCGAUACCCAAACAUAAGAAGAUGAAGCUGCGCGUUCAGUUACAAUGCAAGAACCUCCAUGAGUAUCUGAAAGAGUUGAGCCCAGAGAUCUUAGACCGCUUGUACAAUCAUCCGGCCACAUGUCUGGCUGUCUACAGAGAGCUCCCCCCAUUGGCCAAGAAUUAUGUAAUGCGAAUGCUGUUUCUAGACCAACCCCUUCCUCAGGCCGCGGUGGCGCUUUGGGUGAAAAAAGACAGUGAAAAGGACCAUGAUCAGUGUGUCUCUGUGCUGUCUGGUCUCAGACUAUGGCACAGCCAGCAGCUGCAGGGAGGCCUGCAGGGAAACAUUCUGAACCCCGUAUUCAAAGACAACCUGAGAAUAGCAUUAUUAGGAGGGGGUAAGUCGUGGGCAGACCAGGGUGACAGUCUUGGUCCUGACAGACAUGCCCGUGACGUGGAGAGUCUGGAUAAGUAUGCUUUGGAGCGCUGGGAGGUGGUUCUCCACUUCAUGGUGGGCUGUCCCAGUGCUGCAGUCAGCCAGGACCUGUCCCAGCUCCUCAUUCAGGCUGGCCUCAUGAGAACUGAGGCUGGAGAUGCUCCCUGUAUCACCUCAGCUGGUUUCCAGUUCCUCCUCCUGGACACAGCCUCUCAGCUCUGGUACUUCACCCUACAGUACCUCAACACGGCACAGACUCGUGGAAUGGACUUGGUGGAGAUUCUGUCCUUCUUGUUCCAGCUCAGUUUCUCGACUCUAGGCAGGGACUACUCAGUGGAGGGGAUGAGUGAAUCUCUGCUCACCUUCCUACAGCACCUGAGGGAGUUCGGCCUCGUCUUCCAGAGGAAGAGGAAGUCUAGAAGGUACUACCCCACCAGGCUGGCCAUCACUCUGUCUGCUGGCGUCUCCGCCAACUCUUCCUCCACCGCUAUGGGCGCUACCCCAGGGACUGGAGAUUCAGGUUUCAUCGUCGUGGAAACCAACUAUCGGCUCUAUGCUUAUACCAACUCUGAGCUGCAGAUUGCUUUGGUGGCUCUGUUUAGUGAGUGUCUCUAUCGCUUCCCUAACGUGGUGGUGGCCCAGGUUACCAGGGAGUCAGUACAGCAAGCCAUCGCUAACGGCAUCACCGCACAACAGAUUCUCCACUUUCUAAGGACCAGAGCACAUCCUGUCAUGCUCAAACAGAACCCAGUGCUGCCCCCCACCAUCACAGACCAGAUCAGACUAUGGGAGCUGGAGAGAGAUCGACUACAGUUUUCUGAGGGAGUGCUGUAUAACCAGUUCCUCUCCCAGGCUGACUUUGAGGUGUUGCGGGACAGAGCUCAGGGCCUGGGCUGUCUCGUGUGGCAGAAUGUGGCUCACAGGGUGAUUGUGGUGUCACCGCAGGGACACGGAGAAGUCAAGAGGUUCUGGAAACGACAGAAGAGUCACACUUGAUAACAGAGGGGGAAGAAGAGAAGAACAAGGAUUUUGUGUGUUUUUUUUGUAUUUUUUCCAUGAAAGGACUUUUUUUCUCUCUUCCUUAGAGGUGACGGUUGAAGAAGGUAUAUGGAGAGUUCUGGAUAUACUGUACUGGAUCUUGAAUUGGACACAGCAGCGCAAUGGCUGUAGCCUGGUGCCAGAUCUGUUUGCGCUCUUACCUACUUUGUCAUUGUCAAGCCAAACAUGGCAAUUCUGUAAGGAGCUGGCAAGGUAAGACUGGCACCCAGGCUACUGUGACUAGUGCUGGGUAGGACAAAAUGGAGAAAGCAAGUGCUUUGUCGCUGUUUUUGUUGGUGAUAUUGCCAUUGUCUCCUUUUGGGUUGGUGGGCAAAUAAAAUUAUUUAAAGAAAUGUAUGACUUAGCCUGCAAUACUUAUGCAAUACGGGGCAGAAGGUAGCAGCAGGUAGCCUAGUUGUUAGAGAGUUGGGCCAGUAACCGAAAGGUUGCUAGAUCGAAUCCCCGAGCUGACAAUGUAAAACUGAACAGGGCAGUUAACCCACUGUUCCUAGUCCGUCAUUGUAGAUAAGAAUUGGUUCUUAACUGACUUGCCUUGUUAAAUAAAAAAUAACACUUUAAUUUUUUAUUUUAUACAAGCAUUCAAACAUAAGUUGGAUGUAUUUCAUUGCAGAGGAAAGAGUCAUGCAUUUAAAUGUGGGGAUUUAACAUGCAGGGCUGAUACUCUGAAAUGCAUUUAAUGUUAAGUCGCUCUGGAUAAGAGCGUCUGCUAAAUGACUUAAAUGUAAAUGUUCUCAAUGUUUUAUUUGUUUUUAAAAAUACUGUGUAAUUUGAUUAAAUCAAACAUCAAUUGAACCAUUUCAAAA